CGCCGCCCGCCCCCCCGCCCCCCGGCGGGCCCGGGGGCGCCGCCGCCGCCGCCCCACGCUGGCGCAGAGGCCCGGGCCCGGGCCCGCCUCGCCGCUGAGGAUGUCCCGGAAGGCGCCGCGGGCGGAGGUGUGCGCCGACUGCAGCGCCCCAGACCCUGGCUGGGCCUCCAUCAACCGCGGGGUGCUCAUCUGCGAUGAGUGCUGCAGCGUGCACCGCAGCCUGGGCCGCCACAUCUCCAUCGUCAAGCACCUGCGCCACAGCCCCUGGCCCACCACCCUGCUCCAGAUGGUGCACACGUUGGCGAGCAACGGGGCCAACUCCAUCUGGGAGCACUCGCUGCUGGAUCCGGCCCAGGUGCAGAGCGGGCGCCGGAAGGCAAACCCCCAGGACAAAGUGCACCCCACCAAGUCCGAGUUCAUCCGCGCAAAGUACCAGAUGCUGGCCUUCGUCCACAAGCUGCCCUGCCGGGACGAUGAUGGUGUCACUGCCAAGGACCUCAGCAAGCAAUUGCACUCGAGCGUGCGGACAGGGAACCUGGAGACCUGCCUGCGCCUGCUCUCGCUGGGUGCCCAGGCCAACUUCUUCCACCCGGAGAAGGGCACCACGCCGCUGCACGUGGCCGCCAAGGCUGGCCAGAUCCUGCAGGCAGAGCUGCUGGUGGUCUAUGGUGCCGACCCCGGGGCGCCCGACGUGAACGGCCGGACCCCCAUUGACUAUGCCAGGCAGGCAGCCCAACACGAGCUGGCGGAGCGGCUGGUGGAGUGCCAGUAUGAGCUGACCGACCGGCUGGCCUUCUACCUCUGCGGCAGGAAACCGGACCACAAGAACGGCCACUACAUCAUCCCGCAGAUGGCCGACAGCCUGGACCUCUCCGAGCUGGCCAAGGCAGCCAAGAAGAAGCUGCAAGCACUCAGCAACCGCCUCUUUGAGGAGUUGGCCAUGGAUGUCUACGAUGAGGUGGACCGCCGGGAGAACGACGCGGUCUGGCUGACGACGCAGAACCACAGCACGCUGGUGACGGAGCGCAGCGCUGUCCCCUUCCUCCCCGUCAACCCCGAGUACUCGGCCACACGCAACCAGGGCCGGCAGAAGCUGGCCAGGUUCAAUGCCAGGGAGUUUGCCACCUUGCUCAUCGACAUCCUCGGGGAAGCCAAGCGCCGGCAGCAAGGGAAGAGUCUGCUGAGCCCCACAGGUGAGGGAUGGGGAGGGAAGCGGGGGGCACAUUCCCUCCUGCCCCUGCUCAGCACCCCCUGCCCUCCCCCAGACGCCCUUGACUACUCGCUGCGGAGCCAGAGUGACCUGGACGACCAGCACGACUACGACAGCGUCGCCUCUGACGAGGACACGGACCAGGAGCUGCUGCGCAACGCCUCCCGCAACAACCGCGCCAGGAGCAUGGACUCCUCCGACCUCUCGGAUGGCCCCAUCACGCUGCAGGAGUACCUGGAGGUGAAGAAGGCUCUGGCCGCCUCCGAGGCCAAGGUGCAGCAGCUGAUGAAGGUGAACAACAGCCUGAGCGAUGAGCUGCGCCGGCUGCAGCGUGAGAUCCACAAGCUGCAGGCAGAGAACACGCAGAUCCGGCAGCAGACGGGUCCCGCGCACCCAACCCCAGCCCCCAGCGAGCGGCCGGAGCACGGGCACCCCCCGGGCACGGCCCCCCCCCACCGGCGGGACCGCCAGGCCUUCUCCAUGUACGAGCCGGGCUCGGCCCUGAAGCCCUUUGGGCAGCCGGUGGAGGAGCUGGUGACGCGGCUGCAGCCCUUCGGCACCGGCGAGGUGGAGGACGAGGCUCUGUACUCCAUGCACAUCCCGGCCAGCGUGUACCGGAUCCGGAAAGGUCCAUCUGCCUCUUCGGUGCCCUUUCCCCCAUCCUCCCCCCUGCUCUCCUGCCCGCCUGACAGUGCCCGGCACAUGAGCAAGCUGGACCGGCACGGCAGCGGCACUGACAGCGACUACGACAACACGCAGGCGGGUGAGGUCCUGAUGAGCAUGGAGGGGAAGCGGUUUGUGGAGCUGAGCAAGGACGAGGACUUCCCCCAUGAGCUGGACCCGCUGGACGGGGAGCUGGACCCUGGGCUGCCCAGCACUGAGGACGUCAUCCUCAAAACUGAGCAGGUCACCAAGAACAUCCAGGAGCUGCUGCGGGCGGCGCAGGAAUCCAAGCAUGACAGCUUUGUGCCCUGCUCAGAGAAGAUCCACUCGGCUGUGACGGAGAUGGCAUCGCUCUUCCCCAAGAAGCCAGCGCUGGAGACGGUGCGGAGCUCCCUGCGGCUGCUCAACGCCAGCGCCUACCGGCUGCAGAGUGAGUGCCGCAAGACCGUGCCGCCCGAGCCAGGUGCCGCCGUGGACUACCAGCUCCUGACCCAGCAGGUCAUCCAGUGUGCCUACGACAUCGCCAAGGCCGCCAAGCAGCUGGUCACCAUCACCACCCGUGAGAAGAAGCAGUGAGCGCUGACCCGUGUCCCCCCGCACCCCCCCAGCCCCCGUGCUCUCCAUCUCUCCCUCCCCUCCGGCAGCAGCCGGCACCUGGGGCGAGCACGGCUACGAGUGGCCUUCAGCCCCUGGGGAGUCGGGGCAUGGGGUGAGGCCCCCCCCCUCCCCCUCCCCCCAACCUCGUCCCCCACGCCACCGAGGAGCUGCUGCUCAGCCUGCGGGGUCGGUGCCUGCAUCCCCCCUGUACAGACCCCUGCCUGCCCCUGCGCAGCCCGCCCCGCGGCGCAUGCCUAACUUAUCCUGUACAUAGCCUGUGUAGCUGUCCGUGGCGGCGGUGGCGAUGUACCCCCCACCCCCCACAAAGCCCCUCGCCGGGCGGCCGGUACCCCUGGGGCCGCCUGCAGUGUUACACUGGACUGGGGCGCCCGUGGGCCCCCCCUCCCCGGGCGUCCUGCCCCACCCCCCCCGGGGCCGCGCUCCCUACUGUAAGAUGUGUCCUUGUACAUUUGUAUCAAUAAAGGUGUGAGCAUCGCAUGG